AUGGCAAACCGACCGCUGAAACUCGAAUUUGAUGGUGCGCAUGGUGCCAGGCUUGCGGCACGGCUGGAUCUUCCUGCCGGUAAGAUCCGCGCAUUUGCCUUGUUUGCGCAUUGUUUCACCUGUUCCAAGGACAUUCCGGCUGCACGGCAUAUCGCAGGUGCGCUCAGUGCGGAAGGCAUCGCCGUGCUGCGCUUUGAUUUCACCGGCCUCGGCGGCAGCGGUGGGGACUUUUCCUCGACCGGCUUUUCCUCCAAUGUCGAGGACCUGAAGCUGGCAGCCGAUUUUCUGAGGCAGAACUACGAGGCACCCCGGCUUCUGAUCGGACAUUCGCUGGGAGGCGCAGCCAUUCUUUCCGUGGCUGGCGAGAUCCCUGAAGCGCGUGCCGUCGUGACGAUCGGAGCCCCGUCCGAUGCCGAUCAUGUCGUUCACAACUUCAAGGGAUCUGUUGACGAGAUCCGCGCCAAGGGCGCGGGCGACGUUGAUCUUGCAGGCCGUACCUUUACCAUCCGCCGGGAGUUUCUGGAGGAUCUGGAGGCCCAGACGGUCAAGGCAAAGGCAGCAAAUCUCGGCAAGGCGCUGCUGGUCAUGCACGCGCCGCUCGAUGACACCGUCGGCAUUGAAAAUGCCACAAACAUCUUCGUUGCUGCCAAGCACCCGAAAAGUUUCGUGUCGCUCGACAAGGCCGAUCACCUUUUGACGCGCAGCGAAGACGCGGCCUAUGCGGCAAGAGUGAUCGCAGGUUGGGUCAGCAGGUAUCUUGAUGCGGAAACCGCGCCGACGGCUUCAGCUGCAAGAGACGGUGUCGACGUUGUGGAAACGGGGCAGGGCAAGUUCCAGUCCAUGGUCGCCGUCGGAAAUCACCGCAUGAUCGCCGACGAACCUGCCGAUUAUGGCGGCUAUGACAGCGGCCCGUCACCUUAUGAGUAUCUGUCCACGGCGCUUGGCGCCUGCACAGUCAUGACGCUGCGCAUGUAUGCGGAUCGAAAGGGAUUGAAGGUCGACAGGAUCGGCACGCGUGUUCUGCACAACAAGGUGCACGCCGCAGAUUGCGAAGACUGUUCGGAUGACCGGAAGGGGCGCGGGGGCAAGAUUGACCGCUUUGAGAGGCUGAUCACGCUUGAAGGCGAGCUUGAUGCGGCGACCCGCGAACGCAUGCUCGAGAUCGCGGACAAGUGCCCGGUUCACCGCACACUUGAGGCGGGCGCGGCGGUUAUCACCCGUGAAGUUGAACCCGGGCAAUAG